AGAAACGGUCCUAUCAUAUGUAAAUGGUCUUAAAAAAUAAGUUCCGUCCAUUUUCGGUUCUGUAAAAACACAAUCUGAAAAAAUUUGAGUUUUCAAAAAGACAAAGUAGCAUGUACUGUAUGAAUAGCUGUUUUGAACAAGUUCUCAAUAUACUGUAGGUAAUGGAACCACUAUCACCUUGUACUUUUAAGUUUGAUAUUGUGUGUAAAUCUACAAUUAUUCUCCAGUCUGUUUUUAAUGUUGCAUUCUUGUGAACUGAUACAUUGUUAUGUUUUACAUUUCAUUGUAUUACAUUUUCAUUCUGUAGUAUCUAAACGGGAAAUGUUUUACGCUCUUAUAGUAAAAAAUACAAGAAGAGAAGAUGGAGAAACAUGUAGGUGACAUUAAAUAUUGAAAGCAGUAACUGAAAUGUUUUUCAUAAUCUUACCUGACAGUCUCUGAAUUGUGAAGCACCCUUCUUUUGUCCACAAAAUGAAUUGUAUUGUUGUAUUGCUCGUCCAUUUGCAUCCCUCCAUUUGUUUCUUCUUCAUUUAUGAAUUGAUCCACUAAGAGCAUUUUGAGAUGACCUAUAGGUAAGAGAGAUUAAAAAAAUAAAAUAAACCAAGAUUGUGCAAACACUUGUUUGAUUUGCUUUAUGUAAAUUUUUGUUUACAUGUCAAACUCGGAAUAUGUGAGGUUUUACGGUAAUUGUGAUUGAAUGAUGCGUAGUUUUGGAUGACUUCGGUUUAGUCACGCCUCUUUGGACCCUCAUUCAGACAGUGAGACAGAGACUAGUAAACGCAAGGCAUCUAAUUCUGUUGAGGUUGCUUUUGUUUUGUUUUUUUUACCGACUCUUUUCUUUGGCUCGUGCACAUUUGCUAACGUAUCCUUUGAGUGUCCCACCAUCAGCAUGUCCUCAGACGCAUCUUCUCCUGUGAAGUCCACCACCCCUCCUCUGUCCCCGCUGUCCCCAGUCUCUCCAGUUUCCCCCAGCUCUCUGCGUCUGCCCGCCUGCCGCCACAGAGACCACUCACCCUCCCCCAUGAGGGGCUACCUGAUUCCCAGCCCCCUGCCCACCCGCCGCAACCGCACCUGCUCAGCUGCAGCGCGUGCAGCUGAGGGGCCGGUCUUCACUGGGGUCUGCAAGUGCUUUUCACGUUCCAAAGGGCAUGGUUUCAUCAGGCCAUCAGAUGGAGGCAAUGACAUCUAUGUGCACAUAUCUGACAUCGAGGGUGAAUACGUGCCGGUUGAAGGAGAUGAAGUUAGCUACAAGAUCUGCUCUAUUCCACCCAAAAAUGAGAAGAUCCAGGCCGUGGAGGUGACCAUCACUCAUUUAGCGCCAGGCACGAAGCAUGAGACCUGGUCUGGAAGGGUGCUUAAAUAAUGAGAUGCUCUCUAACUCUGAACUGUGUGAUAGUUAUGUCAAAAUGGGUUUCUGUUCCUUUUCUGGUGGUUUGGGGUGGUGGGAAAGGGUCUUGACUGAAUGAAUGCCUUUAAGUGCUAUGUGGCAUGAUGCCACAAUUCCAAGAAAAAAAAUAUAAAAAAAAGUAUUUUUUCCCCCCUUCUUUCUUUGGUCUCAGGAAGGGAGUAUGUCUUAAAUUCUCUAUUAUUGGGUUUGUGGUUAAUAAUGUGGAAUGAACAACAGUUAUACUAACCCUAACCAUUAUUGUUUGAUUUGAAUGCUCUUAAGAACUGACUGCACACUCCUAAUAAGCCUUAACGCAUAUCGAAAUCGCUAACAUUUGUGGAUUUGCUUCUUCACUGAAAAAAAUGUCUCCGUGUCUACAUUGUCAAAAUAUAUCAUUUCUAAGUGCA